AUGGAAUACGAAAUACGUUCAACAAACACCAAUGAUUACAACCAAUUAUUAAACAACUCAUCAUCCUUCAUAUUAUCAACAUUCAAAGAUGAGACUGAAGAAGUGGAAUGGAAGUUUAAGAAUAUGAGAGUAGUAUCUCCUGAUGAUAGUGUUAAUAGUAGUGGAAUAAAUAGACGAUUGUAG